CUACUACAAGAUGGCAUCAAAGGUGGACCUCGACCAAUUCCUGGAACAGCCAGAGAACUAUGUGCCUCCUUUGGCUCCCAGCAAGCUGCCCCCACCAGAGAUGCUGCCCAAACGAAGGAAACCAGAGCAGGUCCAGGCCAUCCGAGAAGUAGAGCUACAGGGCUACUGCCCCGUCACCUUCCUGGACGGCAAGAAGAGAUACGAGUCUAUAGUGCCAGGGAACCCAGACUUGAUAGUGGAAUACAGGAAGAAGUAUUACUACUUUGAGUCAGAGGAGAAACUCCUGAAGUUCAUGAAACUGCCUGAGGUGUACUGGAACCUCAAGCUCCCCCACAAGCUACCCCCCAAGAAAGAGCCCCUCCCUGUGACUGGGCUCCCCAUGCUGGGGUUCAUGGAGCAGACAGCGUCCACUGCUGUGAUCAAAGCACUCACUGCAGCUGGCAACUUCAAGCCCAAGUACCCCUUCAUCAGCACAUCCCGUUCAUCCUUGCUGUACGUGGCAUAUCAUCUGAAAGCUUACAACCCUAAGAGUUCCGACUAUGUCGAAAGAAAUACAAGAAAAACUGCAACAGUUUGA